UUGAGCUGAACAUGGAGAGCUUAAAGAUUACAUUGAAUAAAUUUACUGAUCAUAUUUCUAGAACAGCCAGCAUCUACGUCUCCAUCAUUCUGAUUUUUUCUUACCAUAUUGUGCUGCAUCUGGACUUACCAUGCACUUGUAAACCAAGAAGGAGACAGUGUGUCGUCUACAUGGCUCUGCCAUUUUUUAUAAUAUUUUUAGUGAUACUGUGGACGGACAGAGCAUGUUACAGAGCGCUGAAAUAUACAUGUCAACAUCAUUCGGGCGUGUUUCAUUUUGUUUUAGUUAAGAAUAUCUUCAAAGCAACUUCUAUAGGUCUUACAUGGGUGGCAUCUGUAUUAAUUGAUGGAGACUGGUUUGUGUGCUGUGAGAACGAUCAGUCACCAGAGCAGAUAGUACUGGCCUGCAAAGCCAAGAACAGGAGCAACCUCUUACCCAAGGAACAACAAAUUAUUACUGACCUCAAAGGCACAUCAUUGGAGCGGGGCCUAUAUGUCCUCUUAGGUAUCUGCAUUUUGGGUGUUUUUGGAGGUGGGCUUUACUCCUGUCUGUCAUCAUGCUGUAAACGGAUGGACUGCUGUAGUCGAUGCUGCAAAUCCCUGUGUGGAUGCUGUAGUUGUUGCUUUAACACACAGCAUGAAGUUAAUGAACUGAUUCUGGAAGAGUGGGAAAAUCAACUGAAGGACGGUGUGAAAAAAGCAACAGACAGGACACUGACCAACAAACUCAAAGAGGAUAAGAAAACGGGGAAAUGCUUUGACUAUGUUGAUGAAAUAAGCAAAGAUCCAAAACUAUUGCUUUUGGCUAAACCACAAGAAAAAGAAGUAGAAACAAAAAAAGAAGAAAAACAAGGAGGAAAAAGAGAAGAAGGAAAAGAAGGAGAAGGAGAAGAAGAAGAACAGCACAAGCAACAAGAUGAUGAUGGGAAAAGUCAACCAUCAGCUCUACAACAAACCAGUGGACAACGUCCAGCUGAACCAGCAGCACGACAUGAGGCUGCCGGCGAUCCCCAUCAACAGGCGCGGUCCUCGUUGGGGCAACAUCCGAGCAAGAGCCUCCAAACGAAUCAGAUCGGUCUGGGCCUUUCCAACCCAAGACGCCGUGAUUCAUCACCUGGCGAAGACAUAGACCUGCUGGAAAAAGAGGAACGUACAUGAUGGACACACACACACACACACACACACACGUUACUGGUUCACCAACACAGAUUGGGUAUUGAUCAGUAUGAUCAGUAAAUGUGAAGAUGUGGCAGGAGAAACAGCAUUCAUCAAAACUGUAAAGUUUGAUUCAUUUUUCUACUGAUGACAUUUAAAAAUUAUUGCUCUGUAUUUUGCUGCCUGGUGUUUGUGUUGGAUCGUUCUGCUCUGUGAUUGGUUGAUUAGUUGGAUCCAGGUGGGCUCAGGCUUCUAAUGAAGUGCUGUACAAAUAA